GUUUUUCGUCAUCUGCAGUUUUUUUUUUCUUUUCUGUAUAUACACACAUAUAUAUUCAAAAUGUCUAACCCUAAAACCUACUUUGAUAUUACUAUUGAUGGCAAGCCUGCUGGUCGUAUUGUCUUUGAAUUGAACAAGGAUGUCACACCCAAGACAGCUGAAAACUUCCGUGCACUCUGUACUGGUGAGAAGGGCUUUGGUUAUAAGGACUCUGGAUUCCAUCGUAUUAUCCCCAACUUUAUGCUUCAAGGUGGUGAUUUCACCAAGCACAAUGGUACAGGUGGUAAAUCUAUCUAUGGUGAGAAGUUUGCUGAUGAAAACUUCAAGCUCAAGCACACUGUUCCUGGUUUGUUAUCAAUGGCUAAUGCUGGUCCUGGUACCAAUGGUUCUCAGUUCUUCAUUACUACCGUCCCAUGUUCUUGGUUAGAUGGUAAGCACGUCGUCUUUGGUAAAGUGGUUGAAGGUUUGGAUCUUGUCAAGAAGAUUGAAAGUUACGGUACUGAUUCCGGUAAGCCCAAGGCAAAGGUCGUCAUCGCUGAUUGUGGUGAAUUGUAAAUACACCUCUUUGUUCAAUAAGAAUAAUAAUAAUAAUAAAAAACUUUGUUUUUGUCAUAAUUUGAUUACGCGUUGCUUUUUUUUAAUUUAUACAUUCCGACGCAUGAUCAUCUUUUUUAUUUUUUCGUAAAGAAACUGGUGAGAGGUUUCAUGCCGCGCGUAUUUACCUUGGCCAAACUUCUGGGAACGGCAGGCUUCAUUUUCUU